GUGUUGGAUGAAUCUGGUGUGGGACUCUCUGGACUUGCACCGUGGGGGACUGAAGGGUUGUCCUGGGAGGCUGAGCCCCCACGGCAUGGCCGGCAGGCUUCCUGGGAUUUGCUGCCCUAAAUGCAGCCUGGAUCCUCCUUGCCCACCGCCUCUGCCGUGGAAUCUCCUGGUGGAAUUGCUGAGCCAAAACCCUGGCUCUGAUCAGAAGAGCAUCAGAAGUUAAAGGAGUUGUAAAGGAGAGAAAAAUGAUAGUCCUGCGCCGGUUGGUUUUGUUGCCUCUUUUCCAAGAGUGGUCUCUCCUUCCUUGAAAAAAAACCAUCCGGAACUUUCCCAGAUGGAGGACGUUUCUCCAGGGUUGUUGAGGGGCUGGAGGCGGCCAACCUUGGCUGAUGCCGGUGAUUAUCAGCACGAGCCCCAGGGCGAGGUGGGGCAGCCAGAGCCUCGUCCUGCAGACACAUCCUCGUGCUCUGAGCGUGACCGAGGGGAGUCCCUGAACCGUCCAAAGACCCCUUUGACCCAGGAAACAGAGCGGGGCUGAGAACCAAACCCAGCCCCGCUCCGCUCCGCCGAGCUGCGUGUUAACUCCGCCGGAGCCGGGAACAAAGGUUUUGGGGGCUGGUUUGGGCUUUUUUUUAAAAUUUAUUUGCAAAGCAAACCAGCUCAGCGGAGCGGAACAAGCGUCGCUGGAGGAGCGGGAGCUGCCGGGUGGUUGCCGGGCUAUAAAAUCCCAUCCCCACCGGCGCUGGCAGGGGGAUGUGCCGGCUCCCCGAGCUCUUGCGGCGUUUCCACGUUGGCCGGGAGAGGUUCUGAACAUGCGUGUUGGUCUCUGGAGGCUUUAAUCAAAUCCAGGCUCUACCAGAAGUCUCCUCGAAACUUCCAGCGAGCUGAGGAAACUGAAAGCAGCCGGAGCGAGGAGGCUCCCGGGCGGGUGUUCGGUGCCUGUGGGAAUGCUGCCUGUGGUGAGGGGAUAGAGCCCGUGGGGCAACCGGGAUGAAAGCCUACCCAUGAGCUCGGACUUCCAGCAUUACAGUUUCAGGAUGCCGAACAUCGGGUUCCAGAACCUUCCUCUCAACAUAUACAUCGUGGUUUUCGGCACGGCCAUCUUCGUCUUCAUCCUCAGUUUGCUCUUCUGUUGCUACUUGAUCAGGCUCAGACACCAGGCACACAAAGAGCUUUACGCCUACAAACAGGUUAUACUCAAGGAGAAGGUGAAGGAGCUGAACCUCCACGAGAUCUGUGCCGUGUGCCUGGAGGAGUUCAAGCCCAAGGACGAGCUGGGCAUCUGUCCCUGCAAACAUGCUUUCCACAGGAAGUGCCUCAUCAAGUGGCUGGAGGUGCGGAAGGUGUGCCCGCUGUGUAACAUGCCGGUGCUGCAGCUGGCACAGCUCCACGGGAAGCCGGAUCCCGGCCCCCCCCAGGGCCCCCUGCCCGGGGCCCAGAACAUCGUAUAGUGCCCUGCGGGGCCGGGCCGGGGCCGCUCCCGCCCGCGGCACUCGGACACAGCCAAAGCACCGGGGACGCAGCCGGGGAGCCCCAAAUCCCGACGGAUGAAGGGCCUGACCCUCGAGCCCGGGCUCGGUUCCUCCGCCGGGGCGAGGAGGGGGCUCGGGAUCCUCAGCACCACAUCCUUCUUCCAGCACAUCCCUUCUCCAGCGCCGCGGCCGCCGGGAAGCAGCGCGGUGGCACCUGGAGCGCCUCGACGUGUGUCCCCCCCACCGGCUCCCGGUGCCUCCCGCGCCCGCCAACGGUGCCCCAAACGCUGGGGGGACCCUGGAGCACCACGACCGGUUCCUGCUCCCUCCUCUUCGCCUUUGGUUCCUUUGCCUUUGCCAUUCCCACCAGGAAAUGGGGUCUGGCCCCCGGGAUCGUGCUGCGGUUGGGUGCCCCCUCAGCGCCGGUGUCACCCCCGGGGGGCAGCGGGUGGUGGCUGUGUGGGGUCUCCUGGGUUUGGAUUCCCCACCCACCCUGCCUGGGGGUGGUUGUCCCCCUCCUCGGCUACCUCAGGAGUCCCUGGAAUGGGCACCAUCCUGGUGUCACCCAAUAGCAGUGAGAGCCAUGGCGUGGAGGGGGUAGGCAAAAAUCCUGGCUUUUGGGAUCAUCCCAUCGCUUCCAGCCUGGCCCCCCAAACCCACCUCCUUGUGGUGGGGAGCUGGGCCACCCCCUCACCUCUCCAGCCACAGGUCUGGGUGUCCCCCGCCAUCCUCACAACUCGUAUUCCCUGGAUUUUGGGGAGGGGGGGUGUCAGUAUUACACGGCAGCGGCUUUCCCGGGUGCAGGGCUGGGGGUGCUCCGGGUGCCGUUCCCCCAUCCCGUAAAUUCCUCCCAGGACUGUUUAUGGAGCGUGGAGCCUCAUAGACGUGUUUGUACACUACGGAUUCUGCAGCAGAAUAUUUUUUAAAACAUUCGCUGUUUUGGUUUUUGGUUUUUGUUGUUUUUUUUUUUUUCCUCUUGUUCGUUUGGUUUUUUUGUAAGCUCUAUUUUUGUAUAUUUAAUUGCUAUUUGGAAAUUCUAAUAAUGCGUCUUUUUUGCUAAUCACACUCUUCUUAAGGAAAGGAAAAAAAAAACAUACAAAAAAAAAAAAA